AUGAACUCUAGCACAGCUUUUGAUCAAAUAUACGAGCUAAAGAGCCCAUAUGGGUUCAUGCAUUCUGCUGUAGAGCCUACAGCGGUGAUCGCUGCAAAGAAAGAUCUGCUACCGUAUAUGUCCGAUGGAGUCCUGGCUUUGGUGGCUCCGGUGGUGGCUUACUGGUCUUUCUCAAUAAUAUUUCAUCUCAUCGAUACUUUGCAUUUGGCAGAAAAGUACCGGAUUCAUCCAAGUGAAGAAGUAGCUUCGAGAAACAAAGCCGGUCGUGUUGAGGUUUUAUGUGAAGUUAUCUUUCAGCAUAUUGUACAGAGUGUUGUCGGUCUAGGGUUUUUAUGGCUCGAUGAAAAGCCUCUAACUGGGUUUGAAAAUAGAGAUAUGUGGCUAUUAAGACAGCAAAUUCCAGCAGCUAUCCCUGAUGCGGCAGUUUACUAUUUCUACAUGUACGGUUUUUCAGCUUUGAAGUUGUUUGGUGGAUUUGCGAUCAUCGAUACGUGGCAAUACUGGUUGCACAGACUAAUGCACACAAACAUGACCCUAUACAAGAAAUUUCAUUCGAGACAUCACCGUUUGUACGUCCCAUACGCUUACGGUGCCUUGUAUAAUGCACCUUUGGAAGGAUUUUUGUUAGACACAUUGGGAACUGGUAUCGCUAUGUUGGUCACCGGUUUGACACAUAGAGAGCAAAUUAUUCUGUAUACCUUUGCCACCAUGAAGACUGUUGAUGAUCAUUGUGGUUAUGCGUUGCCAUUUGAUCCUUUCCAAAUCCUUUUCCCCAACAAUGCUGUCUACCACGAUAUCCAUCACCAAAAUUUUGGUAUCAAGACCAACUAUGCCCAACCAUUCUUCACUUUCUGGGAUACUUUGUUUGGCACCAAUUUCAAAGGUUUUGAAGGCUAUCAAAAGGCUCAGAGACGUGUUACGAUCGAUAAGUACAAACAGUUUUUGACCGAGAGGAAAACUAAGGCCAAGAAGUAA